AUGUCUCAGACCCGAUAUGUCAGCCGCGAGAUUCCUCAAAUCUCCUUGGUUAAUUUUGAAAAUCGCAUCGACACAAUCACGGCCGAGCUCAUAAAUGCUGCGGAGAAAGUCGGCUUCUUUACACUGAUCGAUCAUGGUCUUUCGAAAGAAGACAUCGAGACCAUGUUCCAGACAUCUAAAAACUUUUUCGACCUACCUGACGACGCCAAAGCGACCGUGCCGUGGAACUCAAACAACGUGGGAUGGGAAAAGAACUCACAGAUUCGACCAUCUACUGGAAAGCCUGACAGCAAAGAAUCUUACCAGCUGCAAUUUGGCGAGAACAUGAAGGGCCUCUGGGCUGGGGAGGAUCAGCUAGCAGGGUUUCAAGCUACCUCCCUGGAGUUCAUGCACCGGGUGCAGAAAAUCUCAGAAUGUCUAAUGCGGUGCUUUGCGCGCGGCUUGGGCUUCCCCGAUGACUUCUUCAUCAAAUGUCAUGAUGUUUCACGACCGGACUCGCAAACCACCAUGCGGCUACUUCAUUACUUUGCGCUGCCGGAGGAGGCCGAUGGCAAAGUGUAUCAUCGCGCUGGGGCACAUGCUGAUUGGGACUUCCUGACUCUACUCUUUCAGAAAGAAGGACAGAGUGGGCUCGAGAUCUGCCCUGGGCGCGAGGUGGUCACCGAGUUUGGGAUUGGGGACGAGUGGACCAAGUUGGAGGCGAAGACGGGGGAGAUCGUUUGUAAUAUUGGGGACUUACUCAUGUCAUGGUCGGACGAUCGCUUCAAGUCCACUUUCCAUCGCGUGAAGGCGCCGUGUGAGAAUGGGGAUUAUUUUGGUGAUCGGUAUAGUAUCGCCUACUUCAACCAGCCCUGCAAGGAUGCCUUGAUCCAGGGCCCGUUCAAGAAAUACCCCAUGGUCACCGGAGCUCAGUUCACGGAGAAUGCGAUGAAAAGAAACUUUGCUGCGUUGCAGGACAAGUUGAAGACGGUCGCUGCGGCAUAA